UAGAUUAGUCAAGGGAGAUCAAUCUGCUUAAUUUGUAACUUUGUCAACAACAUCACCAUGUCGCCCGGUUCAUGUAUCUGAACACCCAAACUGUAUACUAUUGAGAAACAAAUUCAUUAAAACUAGCUGCCUGGUCAUGCAGUAUGCGCGCUGGACUGUCUUUCUGACUUGUCGAUGGUCCUUGGCUCAUACCCUGGCCACUGCCAUCCCCUUAUAUCCUGCAGGAGGUUUGGACUAGGAAGUAGAUCAUCUUCAACUCUGAGGGAACAACUGAAACAUCUUACAAACAUUUACAAAACAAUAGAGGAUUUUAUUAUUUUUUAUCAUUUUACAGCAAAUGUGAUAAACAAACUAUAAGGUCAUUCAAACACCAGCUACAAUGAAAGUCAAAGUUAAACUAGAUAGAGAAAGUCAGUUAGUAGAUCUAGGGGACAGAUCUGCAGCUUCAAUAACACUUUCAGAAUUACAGUCAUCUGUUGCGCAAUUGUUUCAUUUGGAAAAUCAACCUUUUCAUCUGAGUCUAAAUAAAAGUGAUGUUCUGGAAGAUGAGAAUAGAAAUUUAAGUGAAUUUGGCAUCGUUUCGGGUGAUUUACUGCACAUUAUUGGAUCAGAUUUGCUUCAGGCCAUGACAACUGACCAGGACAGAAGAGCCAGGCCUCAGCCCUUAAGUUCUCUCUCAAGUCAAGUUGACCCUGACCCUCAUGUUCCACUUGUGACAUCCUCCUCGUCUAUUAGUUUGAGUGAACCAUCAGUUACAGGGUCAGCAAUGGUCAUAAGCUCCCCUGAGGAUAUCGAACUUGAGGAUUCCUCAGAGGCAAAAAGAUGUAAAUUUGAAUAUAAUUCUUCUGAGAUCAACAGGUUUUUACAUGAACCAUUGGUGAUCCAGGAAUCUACAGGAACUCAGGUGCCUGUUCUCUUAGAGCAGCUGUACACGACAACCAACUGCUCAUGCACCACUGAUGCAUUAUGGGUUGUCCUUCAUGCCCUCAUGCUAGAGUCUGGCUUCUUACCUGAUGAGGAUAUAGAGAUGACAACUAUGCCAAGCAAUUACAAAAAGUCAGGCUACUACAUUUCCUCUUACAAGUACUCUGUGUCACAAGAUAUAGUCAGAGGCUGUGUUAUGAUUGGGGUCACCAUGGCCACAUCAAUAGUUGUACAUGCUUAUCCAAAGGAAGAGUCAGACUUUAAAACACAGCAUCUGCAGCUCAAGACUACCGACUUUAUUACGUCAUUGUCACAAGAUGCACCAGAAACAUACCGAGCUCUGGACAGAUUGUCUAGGCUAUUUAUAGACACUAUAAGUCUACCAUUGACUAAUGAACUGAUCACAGCUUCAGGAUUUCCAGAGAGACAGGGAUUAUUAGCACUACCAUACACAGUGAAGUUAAAAAUUCUCUCCUUUCUUGGGGCCAGAAGCCUGUGUCGUCUAGGACAGACUUGCCAAGAGUUGUCUGGUGUGUAUAAAGAUAAAAACUUGUGGAGACUUCAGUACAUCAGAGAUUUUGGAAAACCGUCUGACACAAAUCUGAACAAAAAUUGGUUUGAGCUAUACAAGGAGCAACGGAUUAGAAGAAACAGCGAGUUGGAAGCAAGAAGGCGAAUAUUUCACGUUGAUGCCACUGAUCCACCGUGGGGGUUCCCAGGAGGCACAGGUCCUUUUAGACCUUUUAAUCCAGGUCUGCCUUUUCCAAGGAUGUUAGGCGGAGACUAUGACCUGAAUCCUGAAUUCACCGCAGGACUUCCUGGCCUAUUCAACAACACAAGACCUCCAUUACAGCUGCACACCAUCCCACUACCAAACCGUGGCUUGAACGGCAUUGACCCACUUCAAAGAGCUCACAGUAGCAAUCUGGCAGGAUCACCAUUCUCAAAUAAUUUUCAUCUGCCUUUUAUGUAAGCUAACCAACGCUCUGAUACUGUUGUGAGAGUCCAAUUGUACAGCCAUUAAAAAUAAAUUAUACAAUUUUACACUCUAA